AUGGACGAGCUAUACAGCGACGACGACGGGUACGCCUCGCCCAUCGACGAUAACGAAGACGAUGCACUGUCGGACAAGGGUGAGGAGGAGCUGGAUCGCGACGAGGAACGCAUUCAAAACCCCGCAACCAUUCUCAACCCCGAUGGAACGUACCGCUGCCCGUUCUGCCCGGGCCAGAUGAAGCAGGAUUACCUGUUCAACGAAGUAUUGACUCACGCCCAAGCUCAAUCGCAAAAGACGUCGAGAAAAGGGGCGAAGGAGAGUCGGCGGCACAAGAUGCUGGUGGAGCGGCUGAUGCGCCCGGAUAUGAAGCCGGCAAAGCCUGCUCGGGCUGUGAACGCGGCGCCUCUUCAGGCACCGGCCGUUGUGGAGGAUCGGAUUCUGUGGCCGCCCGUGGCGAUUGUGAAGAACCUGCAUACGUUUUGGAAGUUUGAUCCGAAGCAGAACAGGGACAUUCUGGGCGGCACCACUCGCGAGGAGCUGGAAAGCACGCUUAACGACUACGGGCCGCGGAAAGUGGACGUGCUUUACAGUGAGUGGGGUGCGACGGAAUGCAAGGGCCAUAAAUGGACGGCUGUGAUUCACUUUGAGGGGGACGCCAAGGGCUGGGAGGCCACAUCCAUCAACAUGCCUGCCUCUCUGCUUCUUCCUGAGCUGCGGCACUCUCUUGAUCCCCCCCCUUCCUCAGAACACAUCGGCAUGGGUCAUACCGGGAUGGCUCUCCUCCUCUUUGAGGAAAACGCCAAGGGACUUCAGGGCCAUACCGGGAUGGCUCUCCUCCUCUUUGAGGAAAACGCCAAGGGGUGGGAAGCAGCGUCGAAGCUGGACAAGACAUAUAGCCAGGCAGGGUUGGGGAGGGAGGGGUAUGCGAAUGGGAGGAGGCGCGAGACGAAGGAGUUGUUUGCGUGGACGGCAAGGGAGCAGGAUUUGAAGGAAGAGAAUGAGAAGGGGCCGCUUGGGAGUGCGCUGCAUAAGAAGCACAAUGCAACCAAGAGCCUGAGGGAGGUGUUGGACGAGCAGGAGUCAGUGAAGCGGCAGCAGGAGCGCGAGGAGAGGCGCGUGCAGGAGCGGGCGUUCAUGCGCCUGUCAGAGCGGCUGCAGGACACAGAGGGGCGGCUGAAGGAGAUGGAGGACUCUGCUAUGCAACUCAGGAAGAAGCACGAGCAAGUUGCUGUUGGCAGGAGGGAGUACCUGCAGGAGGGAGUGCUUGCAGGAGGGAGUGCCUGCAGGAGGGAGUGCCUGCAGGAGGGAGUGCCUGCAGGAGGGAGUGCCUGCAGGAGGGAGUGCCUGCAGAGCACAGAAGGGCUGCUGAAGGAGAUGGAAGACUUUGGGAUGACGCUUAGGAAGAAAGAAGCACGGCAAGAGUUGGCAGAGGCACACGCGUACACACAGGAGGUGGUGGAGAGGCAGAUGCGGGACCGGAUGCGGGAGGUGCGGCGCAUGGAAGGUGAAAUGGAGUGGCUGCAGCGACAGCUUAAGGAGAGGAGUGCCAACGAGCAGGAGACGAGGCGAAGGCUGGAGGUGCUGACACGGCAGCUGAAGCAGCAGGAGCAGCAGGGGGAGCUGCAGCAGCAGCAGGCUCAGAGGCGAGCG